AUGGCCGCUCCGACAGACCUCAAGAUUCUAGUUGCCGAAGACAACACAGUAAGCGCGACAACCUCCAUUCUCCCUCACGUUCCUGUCCUCCGCUUCCUUCUCUAUUCGCCUUUCUCUUUCUUCCCCGUCCCGUCCCCUCUCCGUUUCACCCGCGUAUUCCCCGCCUUCCGUUCACCCAAGACGAUGCGACUACUCACCCUCGACUGCAUUCCACCCGUACCCCUCCCGUACCCCUACCCCUCACCGGCACCUACCCUCCCCCCUCUCUCCCCUUCCCCUCUCUCCCUCGCGCUCCAGGUGAACGUGAUGGCGCUCAUCUCUAUGCUCAAGCGCAUGGGACUCAUCCCCAGGAGGCCUUCCGUCAACGUGAUGGUCAACGUGAUGGUGCUCAUGUCCAUGCUCAAGCGCAUGGGGCUUAAAGCCACGGUCGCCAAGAACGGCGUCGAGGCCGUGGAGGCGGUGCAGAAGGUGAAAUUCGAUAUUAUCCUCUCCGAUAUAUGCAUGCCGCUCAUGGACGGUCUCACGGCCACGCAGCUGAUUCGCCAGUACGAGCGCACGGGGAAAUUCCCCGCGGAAGAAAUCGCCAAGGCGAAAGCGUCGGGGGCGCCUGCGGGGGACGAGAAGGCGGGGCUGGCGGAGUGGACAGGCGGGGAGGCGAGGGAAGGGGAUGGGGACGGCGGGGAUUUCCGCCCGCGCACGCCGGUGGUGGCUGUGAGCGCGAAUGCGCUGCAGGCGGAUCAAGACCGGUGCAAAGCGGCGGGGAUGGAUGCUUUCAUGUCAAAACCUGUGAAUUUCCAGAAGCUGAAGGAUACUAUGGGGCAGUUUGUGGACCUUAGUAAUAUUGCUGCCCCUGCCGCUCCGGUCAGACCCCCUCCGAAACCGGUUGUGGAAUCAAGUAGUGAAGAGGAAGAGGAGGAGGAGGAAGAGGAGGAAGAAGGGGAGGAGGAAGAGGAGAAGGGGAGAGGUGGGAGAAAAGGGAGGGAAGAGGAGGAGGAGGAGGGGGAGGAGGAGGAUGAGGAGGAGGGGAAGGGUGUAAGAGGAGGUGUGGGGAAGGCGGGACCGCAGAAUGGCAGAACGGCGGGUGGGAAAGGAGUGGCGGAUGGAAAGAAGGAGGAGAGUGGAGAAGAAAGUCAGGGGGAGGAGGGAGAGGAGGAGGAGGAGGGGGGAGAGGAUGAGGGGAAGGCUGGGGCGGGAGCGGAACAGAAACCUGAGAUGGCAGGGAGGGGUAAGGUUGGCGCAGCAGCAAUGGCGAACGGACGGCUGGCAGGGCGCGGAGAGGAGGACGAAGAGGAGGAAGGGGACGAGGAGGGGGAGGAUGAGAGGGAGGAGGAGAGGGGAGGGUAUAGGGGAGAGGGGAGGGGAAGGGAUAUGGGAGAGGAAGGGUCUGAAGGCAGUUUGAGUGACGAGAGGGAGGAGGGGAACCGAUCGGGACGGAGAGAUGAGAGAGAGGAGGAGGAGGAGGAGGAGGAGGAGUUUGAAGAAGACGAGGAAGAGGAAGAGGCAGAACGAGAGCCGUCAAGGCAACCUGUUGCUGCUCUCUCCUCCUCCUCCUCUGCUUCUUCUGGCUCGUCUGUUGCCAACGCUAUUGCUGCUGCCAAGGCUGCCGCUGCUGCUAGAGCCGCUGCAGUGGCUAAGGCAGAAGCGGCGGCGGCAGCAGCAGCAGAGAAAGACGAGGCGAUGGCGAGAAGCAAGGCUGCUGCUGCGGAGCAGUCUGCGAGUAGCAGCAGCACUGGCAGCAGAGCGAGCUCAGGGCAGGCAGCUGGCGGAGGAGGAGGUGGAGGGGGAGGAGGAGGAGGGAGCGUGGCGAGUGGGAGAAGCAGCAGCAUGAGCAGCACGGGCAGGACUGGGAGCGGGCGCGCUACAGAUCCCGCCGAGUUGCUAUCCACUGCCACGUCAGCCGGGCCCGCUGCUGCUGCUUAUUCCCCUGAAGCGUCAGCUGCUUUGGCGGCUCCUGUGAAACGAUCGUCCAGUAAGAACUCCCUGGUGUCAUCUUCCCGAGCCAAUGGGGACGUGACAGGUGGCAGCAGGGUGUCGUCUCCAGCUCUCCCUCCGGGAGUGGUGGACGUGCGAGAGCUGAUGAGAUGCGAGGAGAGGGAGAGAGCAGCAGCAGCAGUGGCGUUGGAGAAAGAGCAUAGCAGCAACAGCAGCAGCAGCAAGCCGAGUCGUAUGCUGCGAUCGAAAUCAAGAGACGGGCUGGCGGUGGCAGCAGAUAAGCACUUCCCCUCACCGGAGGACCCAUACUGCACCGGCAACGGCCGGGAGGUUUCUCCGCUGGGCGGCAGGCACAUGCCGCAGCACUCUCCCCAGGGGCUGGGGUCGCAGUCUGCGCAUUUGAGCCGGCCGGUGGCGCGUGUGCUAGGGCAUGAGCAUGGCGGGGGUGUGAGUCCGGAUAAGAGCGGCAUGUGGGCACAGAGAGAGGCGCUGGUUGCGGCUCAGAUGGAGCUGCAGCAGAGAGCUCAGCAGAGGCGGUCACGGGCUGCUGCUCCCUCGAUCAUCUUCCCGGAUCUAGACCCGUUCACGUCCCACUGCAAGAACCCGUACCAGUAG